CUCUGUCGCUGCUUACCCUUUCCGGCUAUUUGAAUGUGAUGCGCGCUGAGCUGCAGACUCUUUGGAUGUUGUAGAUUCAUUAUUAAGUUUUAAAUGAUUUAAACAGGUUUUUGUUGAAUUAGUUAAACAUUUAAACAGUUUAGGGACGUUUUUGAUCAGUUGUCGUAUCGUGUAGCCGAUCAGGGACCAGCGGAGGGAACAAACCGAGGAGCUAGCUGAUAGCUGAAAGCUAAACUUGAACUUUAAAGGUUUUAUUACGACACUAACGAGUUUCUACCGGAUUCUAACUAGCAGGUUGGUGAAGCAGAACUAGUUAGUGAUAAGCAGGAGUCUGUGCUGACAGCAGAUUUAUUAAAUUAAGUGGUUUAGAGUGUUUGUUAGCUGUGUUUGUUCACCAGCUCGGUGUCUGACAUGUAGCUCCAGGGAUGAAUUCUGGUAGGCUGCAGGUCAAAAUCAAACGAGUCUGUCCGAGAAAGAGGUCCAUAGACGGGCUGAAGGCCCAGCCGGCACCCGCUGGGAGGAGGUGGAGCUCCGGCCCGGAGACAGAGCUGACACCCGCCGGGAGGAAGGCAGGUGGAGGCGGCUUACCGAGAUGUUCCACCGUCAGGAGAACCGUCAGUACCAUGGCUGAAGAAGCAGCAGCUCCGGAGUUCUGCAGCGACAGCGAGGAUUUAUUCGCCGACUAUGACAGCUUCCUGGAGGACAGUUCACUGCUGGCGAAGCUGGACGAUGCCGAACAGAACGAAAGACGGCGAGCUGUUGAUCAGCUGAACGGGAAACGUGACGACGUCCUAACAGACUCCAUCCUGGACGCCAUCGGGGACGAGGAACCUCUGGAGACCUUACCAUCCAGCCAGCUGCAGUUCCAGCAGGAAGUCAGGGACCAGGCGAAGAGGAGUCGACUGCAGGACGGACAUCAAACCUCCACGCCGUCCGUCAGGAAGGAGGCGGGACCGGAGACAAAGACGGAGGACGGAACCAGGAGGAGGAGGAGUGUCGCCGACCAGCUGAAGAGGACGAUGAUCGGGAACGCUGUCGCUCCGGCUGGCGUCUCUCGGACGGCAGCGCUGAAGGAGGCGGUGGUUUCCGAGGAGAUGAGCGUCGCCAUGCAGGCCAUGGAGGCGGUGUCGGCCGAGACCCCCGACCUGGGACCCUUCUACGGACUCCCGACCAGAGUCAAGGACCUGAUGAUGGACCUGAGAGGAAUCAGCAGCCUGUAUGACUGGCAGCAGACGUGUCUGAACCUGGACUGUGUCCAGCAGAGGAAGAACCUGAUCUACUCGUUACCGACCAGUGGAGGUAAAACUCUGGUGGCAGAGAUCCUGAUCCUCAGAGAGCUGCUGUGCAGGAAGAAAGACUGUUUGUUCGUCCUGCCGUACAUAUCGCUGGUCCAGGAGAAGGUCCGAGGGCUGGCCAGCUUUGGCCUGGAGCUGGACUUCAUGGUGGAGGAGUACGCCGGCAGUAAGGGAAGGUUUCCUCCAGUGAAGAGACGCAACAAGAAGUCUGUCUACGUGGCGACCAUCGAGAAGGCCCACAGCCUGGUGAACUCUCUGAUAGAAGGUGGCCGGCUGGAGGACCUGGGGCUGCUGGUGGUGGACGAGCUUCACAUGCUGGGCGACGGCAGCAGAGGAGCUGUGAUUGAAAUGACUUUGGCCAAGGUUCAGUUCAUGAGCAGAACGACUCAGAUCAUUGGGAUGAGCGCCACCCUGGGAAACAUCAGAGACCUGCAGACGUUCCUGAGGGCAGAAAACUACAGCAGUGACUUCAGGCCUGUGGAGCUGAAAGAAUUCGUUAAAGUGAACGACACCAUCUACGAGGUGGACCCAAAGGAGGAGAACUGCUUCAGGUUCUCACGUCUGCUCAGCUUCAAAUAUUCCAGCUCCAUGCAGAAGAUGGACCCGGACCACAUCAUCGCCCUGGUAACCGAGGUGAUUCCCACCCACUCCUGUCUGGUGUUCUGUCCCACCAAGAAGAACUGUGAGAACGUGGCCCAGAUGAUCUGCAGAUACCUGAAGGAGGAGUUCCUGCAGCACCAGGAGGCUGAUAAGGCGGUGCUGCUCCAGGACCUGAAGGACAGCGGUAAUGGGUCGGUGUGUCCGGUUCUCAGCAGGACGGUUCCAUAUGGAGUGGCCUACCACCACAGUGGACUGACCUCUGAGGAGAGGAGGCUGGUGGAGGAGGCCUACUCCAGAGGAACCCUCUGUCUGCUCACCUGUACCUCCACCCUGGCAGCAGGAAUCAACCUACCGGCACGCAGGGUGAUCCUCAGGUCUCCAUACGUGGCCUCAGACUUCCUGAAGAGGAGUCAGUACAAGCAGAUGGUUGGAAGAGCUGGAAGAGCUGGAAUCGACUCUGUAGGGGAGAGUAUCCUGAUCCUGCAGGACAAGGACAGGGACAUGGCUAAAUCUCUGGUCUGCGCUCCGAUGGAAAACUGUUUCAGCAACCUGAUGAUGGACGAUGGAAAAGGAAUCCUGAGUCUGAUCCUGUCGCUGGUCGGAUUAAACAUGGCCUCGUCGCUGCAGCAGCUGCAGGACUUCCUGCGCUGGACGCUGCUGUUUGUUCAGCAGCAACAUCUGUGUGUCCACAAGAGUCUGACGGAGGUUCUGCAGCAGAGCCUGGACUUCCUGAAGGACGAAGAUCUGAUCACAGCAGAACCUGAUGGGUCCAAUCUGAAGGUCACCAGGCUGGGGAAGGCCACCUACAAAGGCUCGGUGGAUCUGACCCUCAGCAACGUUCUCUACAAAGAUCUGUCCGAAGGUCUGGAGGGUCUCCUGCUGAACAGCUUCCUCCACCUGGUCUACCUGGUCACUCCGUACGACCUGGUUCCUCAGUGCAGACCCGACUGGAUGGUUUACUUCAGACAGUUCACGCUGCUGUCGGCUGCAGAGCAGAAGAUGUCGGCCGCAGUCGGAGUCCCAGAGAGCUUCGUGGCGAGAAAAGCUGCAGGACAGACGGUGAAAAAGAGCGUAGACCAGACCGUGGUGACCCGCAUGUACCUGGCUCUGGUUCUGUUCUGGGUUCUGAAGGAGGCCGACCUGUGGAGCGUCUCUGAAAGGUUCCGUCUGAACCGAGGCUUCGUUCAGACGCUGCUCAGCUCCUCAUCAGCGUUCUGCAGCACCGUGCUGCUCUUCACCCAGGAGCUGGAGGAGCUGUGGCCGUUCAGAGCUCUGCUGACGGAGCUGACCAGGAGGCUCAGUUACUGUGUGAAGGCUGAACUUAUUCCUCUGAUGGAGGUGGCUGGAGUCAUGGAGUCCAGGGCGAAGCAGCUGUAUAACGCCGGCUACAGGACUCUGACCCACCUGGCCAACGCUGACGUUUCAGUUCUAACCAGAACCAUAGAACACCUGUCCAGGAAACAGGCCAAUCAGAUUGUAGCUUCUGCUAAGAUGCUGCUGAAUGAAAAAGCUGCAGCUCUCCAGGAGGAGGUGGACGAGCUCCUGAGCAAACCUUCAGACCUUCCUCAUGUCUAAACCCCUCAGAGGUUUUCUUCUUCUGCUGCUUUUAUUCCUCUGGUCCUCAUUAAAUAAUGUAGAAGAACGUCUGCUGAAGUAUGACUCAUUAAAGGAACGUCUUUUUAUGAUUAAAUGUCAGAACGUUUGUUUUCCUGCAGGUUUUUAUUCACACUGAUGGAACACUGCAGUUAGAAAACACAACAAAGACUCACAACAAGCACACAAAGGGCUCAGAUUCACAGUCUUUGGUUUCAUUUGUUUCAUUUUUUGGGACAUUUUUAUGAUUUCUUUGGCAUUUAAUUCAUAUUUUUUUAAACAUAUUUGCUGAAUAUUUUAUUCAAUAUUUCCUCAGACAUUUUAAGAUAAAUAUUAAAGCUGCAAGCAGCGAUGGACGGGUCCUCGCAUCCACGCUGGUCGUGAAUCCACGCACGUCCACCAGGUGGCGCUGUGACUGAGAGUGUAUGUCGGCCUCUGAAUCGCAUCUGGACCAGAGUCCAAUCAUACAUUUAAAAUUUCAGCCAGACUGUAGCAUGUUCAGAGCAGUUAUACAGCAUUUCCUGCCCAUCCACCACCAGGUGGCGCUGUAACUCAGAGUGUAUUUCACACAGUGGAUGUGAUGAGGGUUGGACUCUGAUCACUCAUGAAAAGUUUCAGGCUGAUUUGAUCAUGUAGAGGCCAGUUAUACAGCAUUUACUGUCCCUCCAUCAGGUGGCGCUGCGACUGAGAGUGUCUGUUGGCCUGUAGAUGUGAUCAGGAUUGGAUUGUGAUCACACAUGGAAAGUUUGAGGCAGAUUGGAGCAUGCAGAGGAGAGUUAUACAGCAGUUGAUGUUUCAUGGCGAAGCAUCAAAACGCUGAUGGUCGCCAUGGCCACGCCAUUUGGCUUCUGGUUAAACUUUUGAUAACUUUUCCAAACCAAGUCCUGCUGUGUGGACUGACAAAAUUUCAGGUCUCCUGGAAUUAUCCCCUAGGAGGUAUUAACUCUCAAAAAUGAGAAAAAUCAUCAAAAAUCUCACAAUUAAUCCAAGAUGGCCGACUUCCUGUUGGGUUUAGGACAUGGCUCCAAGAGGCUUUUUUGUGCGUCCUGAUGUGCUCUAUAAGCCUCCCAAAUUUCAUGGAUGUAGGUGAAACGUGCUGGGGGGGCUGUUUGUUAAAAAUACUGUAGGGGGCGCUAUAGCAUGUGCAGUGCCGAGAUGCAUACAGUGUUGUUCCUUGGGUCAAUGGUGAUGUGUGUGGUAAUUUUUGUGAGCAUUGGAGUAUUCCUAACCUAUCAGAAAGGGCUUUGUUUUUCAUGGCGAUAUUUGGUUGCUACGGCAACAGCGUUACAUGAAAUGUCACACCCUUCACAGUGUGUGAUUGUCAAGAGGUGAAGACUCGACUGACCAAUUUCCAGCAUGAUAUCACCAAGUUUGGGGCCAUUGUACCUGAAAAUAUAAGGCCUUAAACUUACUAUUACCAACAGGUGGCGCUAUGACUUUUUCAAAAUUUACGAGUGUGGAUGUGUUCAGACUGGACCUGGUAUCCAGCAUGUGAAGUCUGAGGCAGAUAGGAUGUUGUUCAGCUGAGAUAUGAAUCGUUAAAUUUUCAUGGCGAAACAUCGAAAUUGGUUUGGCCGCCACAGACACGCCCUUUGAUGACAAGUCACCAUUUUCACUGGGAUGCAUCAUCAAUGUGUUUAGGCUGUUGUCACUGCAUUUGAAGUGAAUAUGAUCAACUGGGUAACAAUAGGGCAUGAAAGUGUAAAAGAUGUCUAUUUCCUGAAACCACAAGGUGGCGCUAUGACUGUCAAUGAAUAUCCCUAUGUGGAUGACAUCAGGACAGGACUGUCAUCAUACAUGUAAAGUUUCAGGCAGAUUGGAGCAUGUUGAGAAGAAUUAGACACCACUUCCUGUUUCAUGGCGAACGAUCAGUUGUUUGAGGCUCCGCCAUGGCCACACCUUUUGGCUUCUGGUUGAGUUUUUGAUAACUUUUCAUCAGAAAGGUCUGGUGCAUGUACUGGCCAAAUUUCAGUUCUCUCAGACUUAUCCACUAGGAGCUAUAAAUUUUGACAAAUGUACAGCAAAUUCAAGAUGGCCGACUUCCUGUUGGGUUUAGGGUGUGGCUGUGAUUGACUUUUUGGUAUGUCCUGAUGUGGUGCAUAUGCCCACCAAAUAUUGUAGCUGUAAAUAAAACAUUGUGGAAGUUGGCCUAAUGACCACUGUUUCAAUUUUGCAGGUGGCGCUAUAGAGCCAUUUUUUCACACAUAUGCGCAACUCCCAUAAAAUAUCAAAUUUUUCGCCAGUCCUGAUGUGCACGCCAAAUUUCACGCGUUUUGGUUCAUGAUAAGGCCGCCAAAAAGGCAAGUCAUUUCCCGAGGAGCGAUUAAGUUUGAAAAAUUUACAGCAAAUUGAAGGUGGCCGACUUCCUGUUGGGUUUAGGGCGUGGCUGUAAUUGACUUUUUGGUGUGUCCAGAUGUUCUGCAUAUGCCCACCAAAUAUUGUAGCUGUACAUGAAACAUUGUGGCAGUUGGCCUAAUGACUACUUUUUCAAGUUUGCAGGUGGCGCUAUAGAGCCAUUUUGCCACGCACAUGCGCAACUCCCAUAAAAUAUCAAAUUUUUCGCCAGUCCUGAUGUGCAUGCCAAAUUUCACGCGUUUUGGAGUAUGAUAAGGCCGCCAAAAAGCCAAUUUACUUUACGGGAGAAAAAAAAAAUAAUAAUAAUAAUAAUAAUAAUAAUAAUAAUAAUAAUAAACCCUAGGGUUUCAAUAGGGUCCUUGGCACCGCUGGUGCCUUGGACAGUCGGUGCCCUGGCACCGCCUGUCCUUCGCACCCUCGGUGCUCGGACCCUAAAAAAAACAUUUUAAAUAUGAAUAUUUUUAGAGGACAUUUUAUGAACAUUUUGUUGAUACUUUAUUAAAUAUUUUUAAAUAUUA